CGACUGUUCAGUUGGCGGAGGGCCGCCAGCUCGGGCGAAAAGACAGGGCCGCAGGGUGGUCCUUGACUGCGAAUUUGUAUGUCGUCGCCAUUCCCGCAUUUCCCACCGGAGCAGCAACACCGAGACCAUGGCGGCGCCGUUGUACAAGGACAUUAGCAAGAAGGCCGAGAACGUCCUCGGCGACGACUACGACUACAGCCGCAAGCUCAAGAUCAAGACCAAGACGGCCAACGGCGUGACCUUCACGACCGAAGGCGCCAUGGCCGCCAACAAGUCGAUCCUGGCCAAGGUCGGCGCCAGCUUCCGCGUGCCCCAGGUCGGCGGCUUGACGAUUAGCAAGCUCCAGGCCACGACGGCCGGCCGCGUCCUUGUCGAGGGUGACAUUGCCAACGCGAUUGUCGACAACCUCAAGGUCUCGUUCAAGCUCGAGGACGGCUCGCGCAAGACGAACGCCAAGCAGGUUGGCAAGCUCGGCCUUGAGUACAAGCAGGCCGCCUUCACGACCAACGUCGAGGCCGACAUCACGGGCAAGAACGUGACGGGUGCGGCCGUCUCGGUCAUCAGCGGCGUCACCAUUGGUGCCCACGGUGCGUUCAACGUCGAGAAGUCGGCGGUCUCGGACUUUGGCGGUGCCCUCGCCUUCAGCGGCGCCGACUACCAGGUGUCGGUUGCCUCGAAGAAGAGCUUGAAGACGGUCGCGGCCAACUUCUACCACAAGCCCUGCUCGUCGACAAUCUACGCUGCGUCGAUCGACUACGACGUUCAGACGGCGGCCAACGCGGUCACGCUCGGUGGUCGCUACACGGCCAACGCCGAGACGACGUACGCCGGCAAGAUCAACUCGGACGGCUUUGUCUCGCUUGCGUGCAUCCAGAAGGUCACGCCGUUCCUCUCGUUGACGACGUCGGCCCACAUUGACGCCAAGCACUUCGAGGGCGAUGCCCACAAGUUUGGCCUUGGCUUGACCAUCGGCUAAAUCGUCAUUCGACUAGAACACGCCCAGUAGUAUAUUGUGUACGGUGACCAAGCUAUUAUAAUUCUGUCGUAUCCACA